UUUUAGACAUUUCCCUCAUUCAGUCACAAGCAAAGCCUGACAGAACAGAAAUAUUUAUCUAUAUUUAAAAAUUAUACUAUCUUCGUUACAUUUUUGCAAAAUAAUAGGCAAAAUGUCUGUGCGUUAUGAUUGGUAUCAAUCCGAGACAAAGGUGGUCAUAACCGUGCUUUUGAAGAACGCAACUGAGAAGAAUUACGCUGUAAAUAUUGAUGCCGAAAAAGUACAUAUGACUGCAGAUGGUUAUGAACUGACGCUUCAACUGCUCCAUCCCAUUGUUGUCGAGCGCUCAUCACACAAAGCAUUUCCGUCCAAGGUUGAAAUCACUUUGGCCAAAGAAACCGGAGUGCGCUGGGAUGCGCUUGAACAGAAGGCUAGCAAUGUGACGUCCGAUGCUCCGCCACCGACGCGUCAAGUAAAGAACUGGGAUCGUUUGGUCAGUGAGGAAGAGAAGAAUGACGAGAAGGAAGCCAAGGGCGAAGCAGCUUUAAAUCAGUUAUUUAAAAAGAUCUACAACUCAUCCACACCGGAGGUCCAGAAGGCGAUGAACAAAUCCUUCUCUGAAUCCGGUGGCACUGUUCUGAGCACCAAUUGGAAUGAAGUCGGAAAAGAAAAGGUAGACGUCAAACCACCAGAAGGCACAGAAUUUCGUCAAUGGGAUCAAUAAAUGCAGAAUCAUGUUGCACUACACAAAGAAA